AUGGAAUUCGGCAAUACAAUGGCCGAUAAAUGGUUUUGCGACGAUAUAAUAAUUAUUAUUAUCACCGGAGAAAAAUACAACCCUCAACAGCAGAAGAAACAGGUGUCCGAUUUCUUGGUCAGGCCGUUUUUCGACACGUCCGUGUCGUCCAACAUCACCACACAACUAGGCGGCCACGCUUACAUGCCGUGCAGGGUCAAGCAGCUCGGCAACAAAUCGGUUUCAUGGAUACGGCGGCGGGACUCGCACAUACUCACCAUCGAUUGGCUGUUGUUCAUCGCCGACGAUAGGUUCCGAAUAUUUCUGGUCGAGCCCACGUGCACGUGGACGUUGCAGAUAAAAUAUGUGCAGCCCAGGGACGCCGGCAUUUACGAAUGUCAAAUAAAUACAUCGCCAAAAAUGAGCCAUUUGGUUCAGCUCAAUGUCGUAGUGCCAAAGAUCGAGAUCAUGGGCGAGUCGGACAUCCACGUGAUGGAGGGCAGCUCGGUGAGCCUGAAGUGCGUGAUCCGGCAGAGCGUCCGGGACCCGGACUACAUAUUCUGGUACCAGAACAACAAGAGGGUGCUGGACUACGGCAAGGGCGCCAAGGUGAUCAGCAGCGAAAGGUUGGACGCCAACACGAUGGUGGCCACGUUGACCAUCAACAACGCGGUGCUCCACGACUCGGGCAACUACACGUGUCAGCCGUCCAACUUGGACUCGGCCAGCGCGUAUCUGCACGUCUUGAACGGCGAACAUCCGGCCGCCAUACAGCGGGGACACAGUUCCGGCACUCAGAUACCCAUCCGCCUCUUGGGGCCCCUCUCGGCCGUGUUGGGCCUCAGCUCCAGCCAUUCGACGAGGGCCGCCCUGCUGACGACCGCGUUCGCCGUCGACCUGACCGUCCGGACGCUGUACUCGAUGAUCGUCUAA